AGUAGGAUUUAAAGUCGUGACCAAAAUAAGAAUCUGGUUUGGGUCGUCCUCGUUUGAUUGGACCUCUCUUUCUCUGGAGUAUCCUCCCCUUUAUUUCCUCGUCCUCCAAACUCCAAAGCCGUUUCCAAGUGUAAUGGAUUCGAGUUCCAUUAACAGCAACAGUAAGGAGAUAACCAUGGAGAUUCCAAGCUUGGUUCGACUUUACAAGGAUGGCACCAUUGAACGCCUCCAAAACUCACCAAUUGUGCCACCCACGCUUCAAGAUCCAACUUCUUCCAAAGACGUCGUCAUCUCUGGUGACCCCCUCAUCUCUGCUCGUCUUUUCCUUCCAAACCGGAUUCGAUCCCAGCAAGAGGGUCAUAAAGUCCCCAUCUUGGUCUACUUUCAUGGUGGAGGUUUCUUCUUUGAAUCUGCCUUCAACCAACUCCACCAUAACUAUUUCAACAAGUUUGUCUCCGUAGCAGAUGUUUUAGUCGUUUCCGUCGAGUAUAGGUUGGCUCCAGAGACCCUUCUUCCUGCAGCUUAUGAUGACUGCUGGGAUGCUCUUAAAUGGGUCGCCACCAACACCGAACCAUGGCUUGUCAAACACGGUGAUUUCAACAGAGUCUUCAUUGGAGGUGACAGCGCUGGUGCUAAUAUAGUUCAUAACAUUGCCAUGCGUGCUGGGGCUGAAGCUUUACCUGGUGGUGUCAAACUCUUGGGUGCUUUUCUUUCUCAUUCCUACUUCUACGGUUCAAAGCCAAUUGGAUCGGAACCUGUUGCAGGGCACCAACAGAGCGUGCCCUAUUUGGUAUGGGAUUUUGUUUAUCCAUCUGCGCCUGGAGGGAUUGACAACCCUAUGAUCAAUCCAAUGGUUACUGGGGCGCCUAGCUUGGCUGGACUUGGGUGUUCUAAGAUUCUGGUUUGCGUUGCUGAAAAGGAUCUGAUAAAGGAUAGAGGGGUUGCGUACUAUGAGGCUGUGAAGAAGAGUGGCUGGCAAGGUGAAGCGGAACUGUUCGAAGUGGAGGGCGAGGAUCAUGCUUUCCACAUCCACAAUCCACAAACCCAGAAUGCCAUGAAAAUGAUCAAACGCCUCUCGGAUUUUCUCCUCCACUAAAACACAUACCCUGAGGAUUCUGAGUUUUAAUGUCUCAUGGAUGUAAUCUAAUGUAAUGCUUCAACUCUGCUUAUUAUUAUUAAGCAAAUAAAAUUUGGAAAUCAGAAGCCAGUGUAGCUGGCCUAGUUCGUGUGAUCUAAAGUCUAAUAAUAUUCUCUAUUAUGCUACGGGUAAGGGUGUGUUACACCUUCAAACUUUCA